AUGGCCCUUCUAGCGGUUUUAAUGCGAAGCGAUGGGGUUGAUUUGCCUGACAAAAUUUACGGCUCAAUUAACUUUUCCUUAGCUGCGGGCGCCGAUCCUUCGACGAGCGGGUUCCACCGGAUUUUUGGUUCCAAAUACGAUGCAAUCUUAGCCGAAAACGUUCUCAACGGAAUCGUCGCCGGUGGUUUAGUCGCUUGGCUUUACAACCGUUUUAACGGCGCCGUUUUACCAAAGGUGCUGGGGUUUUUCUCAGGGCGCCGCUUAAUACCGGUCUUGUCGAUUUUGAGCGUUUUAAUUUUGGGCGUCGCUUACGCGGUGAUUUAUCCUUGGAUAGGUUACUUGAUUUACCGGUUUUCUCUGUUUCUUUCUAGUGCCACUGGACAGCGUUACACCAACGCGGGUAUCAUGGGGAUUUACGUUUUGAUCAACCGUUUACUAAUUCCCUUCGGACUCCACCACAUUCCAAACACCAUGUUUUGGUUCCAACUCGGCGAACACACCGAUCAAUUUGGUAAUCUAGUUCAGGGCGACAUUAACAUUUUUAUUUCUGGAGUGGCCGCGGGCAAUACCGCCGGAACAUUUCAGUCCGGGUUUUUCCCAAUGAUGAUGUUUGGACUGCCGGCCUUAGUGUUGGCGAUCCAUCGUAAAGCGCAAGAUCGCGUCCAAAAACAACAAGUGCUGGCUAUGCUAGGCGGAGCGGCUUUUGUUUCAAUGCUGACUGGCAUCACCGAGCCGAUCGAAUUUGCCUUUUUGUUUGCGGCGACACCUCUAUUUGUUGCCCACGCUGUGAUGGGUGGUCUUUUCGCCUUUAUCACCGGACUUUUCGGGAUUCAGUUAGGGUUUGGUUUUAGCGCCGGAUUAAUUGACUACCUGCUAUCAAUUCCCAAGUCAAUCGAAAUUAUCAACGCCAACUUGAGCGGUCUAAGCGCAGUGUUAGCUAACCCAGGUUGA